CAGUGGUAUGACUAUGAGGAUACACGAGAAUGUGAUAUAAGACGUCGAGACCCCACCUACGUUUCUGAAGCUGAUUGGACUCGCGCAGAUACACAGCUAUGAUUUAAUAGACAGAUAAGUGGACACAUCAUUCUGUACUCCCGGAUCUCGUCGCUGCACUGCUAUCCGUAUCAUCGUUUCGCAUCCGCACCCGGACGCGCGCAAGGUCUUCUCCAACUGUCUCUAACAUAAUAUUCAAAUUCGAAUAUUACCACGUCGGAAAACAGCUUGUCUAGGCUACAGGUGGUGUUAAGAAGAUGAAAAACGGAUUGUUGCUGGUGGCUCUGUUCCUCGUCAUGGAACUCGGCUCAAGCCAGUCUAGCUGCGAGGAGCCUGCUGCUGGGACGCUCAGAUCAACUGCUGACUCAGAGGAUACUCCAGGUCUUGAAAAGCUCAAGCGGACCAUUCUGAAGAGAUACAACGACCUGGAUUAUGACAGUUUCGUUGGGCUGAUGGGGAGAAGGGGCGCUGAUAUUUAUGAACUACCUCCCUCUCCACAUAAAAGAGAGAUGGAUGAUGUCUUUGUUGGGCUUAUGGGCAGAAGAAACUUGGAACAAGGUAACAUGCGUCCUUUGAGAAAGGAGGCGUACCCCGAGACAAGAAGAGGAGGCUUAUUCUUUAAUAAGUGCAGACUGAGGUGUGUGUGUGUGUGUGUGUGUGAGGCAUUUGCUCUCCCAUAUCCUUUAGUAGACUCCAUGCAUUUUAUGCUAUGCAGGUUUCCAUGUAUGCCUUAAAUACAGUAAAUGUGUCCGCAUUAGCUCAUCUCUCUACAUAGUACGCUCUUAGACAAAAGGUGGUAUCUCCAACUUUAAAGGGUUCUUCGGCUGUCCCCAUAGGAGAACCAUUUGAAGAACUGUUUUUGGUUCCAGAUAGAACCCUUUUGGGUUCAACAUAGAACCCUUUCUACAGAAGGUUCUACAUGGAACCCAAAAGGGUUCUCCUAUUGGGACAGCAGAAGAACCCUUUUGGAAGCCUUUUUUUUCCUAAGAGUGUAGAAUACAUCGAAUAACAAUAAGUUAUCAAGUGCUCCAUAUUUUCUCAUGUUCUGCGUUGCAUUAAGCAAUACUAGAAGCUUUAAAGACACAUUCAUGAAACGUUACUGAUUAUAAAUGUAUUACUAUAUACCCACUGUUAUUGUUUGAUCCAGGUUUCGGCGUGGGCUGUAGACAAGACAUUCAUCCAGAUCCAUCCCUAACAUCCAGCCAAGGCAAAACCCCCUUUUCAGAAGAUUGGAGUUAUUAUUAUACAAUACAGAAAAAGACAACUAUUUAUUUUACAAAACAAAGUAUUUUGCGAAAACAUCUAUGGAAUUUAAACUGACCAAAAUCAACCUGCUACUGUAACAUGUGCCCUGAUGGGUUGUCAUAGUAACUAAUAGCUAUAAUGUAUUAUCUGAAAGAAAUCAGUAACAGUCCCAUCUGAUAAGAUCUAUUUCUUUCCCAUAUGUUUGUGAUUCAAAUUAAAUAAAUAAUAAAAUGUGGCAACAAUA